UUCAUAAACACAUCGCUGCCAGUCCGAGCACCUCCCACCUGCAAGUCAGCAGCUGUUCUGGCGGGUACGGGGUCCUCGUAGCUGUCUGCCUCCACCAGGGCCACAGCCCCCUAAGCAGCAGUGCUCCGUGAGCCCCCAUCAUCUCCAAGAAUAAACUCUGAAGCCAGCAGCUGCGUGGAUCUGAAUCAUCGUGGAGCUUUUGGCGGAGGGGGGUGACUUCCCAGGACAGGCAAGCGGACUAUAUAAGCUCCAGAGGCCCAGGCGCCGCGCAGAUCGUGUCCUCAGCUGCUGCCUGCCAGGAAGCGGCUGUCCACAGCACCCACCAUGUCCCAGGCUGGCAUUCAGGAAGCCCCCAUCAAGAAGAAACGCCCCCCUGUGAAGGAGGAAGACUUGAAGGGGGCCCGAGGGAACCUGGCCAAGAACCAGGAGAUCAAGUCUAAGACCUACCAGGUCAUGCGGGAGUGUGAGCAAGCUGGUUCUGUCGCCCCGUCGGUGUUCAGCCGCACCCGGACUGGCACCGAGACCGUCUUUGAGAAGCCCAAAGCCGGACCGGCCAAGAGCGUCUUUGGCUGAGAAGUGCCUGCCACCCCCAUCACCACCACUGACACACCCAGACACAGGACCCUUUCCCAAGAACUCUUUUUUAUGCCAGAAUGUACCUUCUCACCUGCUGCAUCUGGGGCUGCCACCCCUCCCCCACAGCACCUGGGAAACACCAAUAAAGCAGAUGCCCGAGUGGCUCCAGC